AUUUUCAUGGUGGUUCCAUGAACGUGUUAUAUUCGAAAAAAGACCACGAGAGAAGGAGAGAUUUAUUUCAUUUGCAACUAUUUUUUAUGAAAUUUGUAGGUCAAGUACCGACAAAUUUGGAGAAGUAUGCUUCAGUACAAUGGCAAGGAGCUGCUAAAAAAUUGGCUAGAUUUUAUUGUGCCUUUUCUGCAAUCUCAACUUUGCAUUUGGCUUUAUUGUAUAUUAAAACUACCUUCGACAUGUUGCAAAUAGGGGAAUUGGAAGAGAUAACAGACGCUCUCACUAUGGCCAUUAUAUAUUCAUUCGCCUCUUUUGCAACAUGUUAUUGGUUGUGGAGAACCAAAUCUUUGAGGAACUUUUUAGAAAACAUCAAUGAGCAACAUCGCCAUCAUUCAAUGGCCGGUUUAACCUUUGUUAGUGUAGACUCAUCUUAUAAUCUUGCUUACAAAAUCACGCUUUAUUGGCUGAGAUCCUGUAUGGUUGGUGUAGUAUCUUGGGCUUUAAAUCCUCUACUUUUGGGAUCGUACUCUCUGCCAUUAAAAUGUUGGUAUCCCUUUAAUCCUUUGCAACCUGUGGUAUAUGAAUUAACCUAUAUGACUCAAGUAUGGUGUCAAUUUAUAAUGGGCUGCAUCUUUGGGAAUGGCUCUGCUCUGUUCGUUUCGAUUAUUAUUAUUAUGUUGGGUCAAUUCGAUAUCCUCUAUUGUAGUUUGAAAAAUUUGGAUUAUCAUGCUCAAUUAAUGUCUGGCGAGGAUUUUAAAUAUCUCCAAAAACUCCAAUCUCAAUUAUUGCAAGGCGAGGACGAUGAACUAAAUCAAUAUGUGUACUCUAAAGAAUACUUAACCGACUUGAGUGUAUUUGGUAGCAAAGAAGUGCGCCAAAAAAAUUCACUUCAGAAAGUUCUUCACGAAUCAUUAGUCGAAUGUGUUCUCUUACAUAAAUUUAUUUUAAAGAGCUGUGACACAUUAGAGGAUCUUUUUAAUCCAUACUGUCUCAUUAAAUCUCUUCAGAUAACAUUGCAACUGUGUUUGCUUGUAUUUGUAGGAGUGGCGGGUGAGAGUUCCACGAUGAGGACAAUUAAUUUGGUACAAUAUUUAGCCCUGACACUCUCCGAAUUGCUCAUGUUUACAUAUUUUGGUGAACUGCUUCGAAAUCACAGCGUUCGAGCCGGUGAAGCUUUCUUUCGUUCGCAAUGGUGGCCGCAUGCUCAUUAUAUAAAACGAGAUAUUUUUGUAUUUUUGGUUAAUACGAAACGUGCAGUCAAAAUUACUGCUGGUAAAUUUUACUUGAUGGAUAUACAGCGUUUGCGUUCGGUAAUAACACAGGCGUUUUCAUUCUUAACAUUAUUACAAAAAUUAGCUGAAAAAAAUAAAUAAAUUCUACAACCCUUUUCAAUAACUUCUUAAUACCAUCUGCAUCACUUUCAUAUAUUACCCAGAAAAAAACUUACAUUGAAAAGAAAUGCGUUAAAUAUUAAAAGUUCAUAAAACGUAUGAAUUUGUACAUCAUUUUUUGAUUACUAAUUAAUUUUUUUAAUAUUCAAAAGAAAUUGCAAUAUUAAUUAUCAGGGCAAGGAUUUUCAUGCCCUAUAUAAUGCACUAUAAAAUAGGAAAAUAUGCACUAAAAUGUGAAAAAUAUGCAUCAAAAAAUAUUUCUUUGUGAAGGUACAUAUUAAUAGAUAUUCAGAUCAUAAGUUUUUGACAAUAAUAUAAAGGUUUUUAAGGACUGCUUAAUGACUAAGA